AUGUUCUUGGACGCGCCUGGGGGCUACGGCAAAAGUACACUGCUCCAGGUUGUCGCUGCGGACGCAAGGUCCAAGGGAGAUAUUGUUCUUUGUGUAGCGAGCUCUGGUAUUGCUGCCCUUAACCUGGAUGGUGGAACAACUGCUCACUCCAUGUUUAAGCUUCCGCUCGAUCUUGGUGAUGGAACAGGGUACUGGAACCUGCGAAACACCCAGCAACGUGCCGACCUAAUUCGCGAAGCCAAGCUCAUAAUUUUUGAUGAAAUAUCUAUGGCACACAAGUUUCUUAUCGAGAUACUUGACAGAUCCCUUCAAGAUCUCAUGGGUACAAACGAAGUGCUGGGUGGCAAGGUAUGUCUUUUUGCUGGGGAUUUUCGACAGAUUCCUCCAGUCGUCCCCAGCGCAAAGACUCCAUCUGAUGUAGUGUUUGCGUCGUUGAAGUGUUCGCAUUUGUGGCCUCACUUCCGUCAGUUCCGUCUGACUGUACCUCAGCGAACGCGAAGUGAUGAUGAGUACUCAUCCUUUCUCCUCUCUGUAGGCAAUGACACACUGCCACAACACGUGUUUGGAGAAGGAGAUAACACGGACAAAGUGAUUGCUCUUCAUGGAAUCCGGUCCGUUGAGAAACUUGAUGAGCUCAUUGCCUCCGUCUAUCCACCCGAUAUUUUGCGUGACCCAGACGCCUCUUCCACCCGGGCGAUUCUAUGCGCCCACAAUGUUAAUGUCCGUGAAAUAAACAGUGCAGUCAUGGCAAAACUUCCAGGAGGCGUGCAACAGCUGGUCAGCGUGGAUACUAUUGACAAAGAAAUGGAAGGUGUUGACAUUGACAUAGACACACUUCAUUUAGCCGAAGGUAAAGGCGUGCCAAACCACAUCCUCGAUCUAAAGAUUGGCGCAGUGUGCAUGAUAAUGCGUAACCUAAACAUGUCUGAGCGACUGGUGAAUGGCACCAAAGUAAUAGUAGAGGGAAUAAGUCCACGCCUUGUAACAGUGCGUAAGCCAGGGACACAGGAGUUGAUUGCCAUUCCUCGGAUUUUGUUCAGGUUUCCUGUGCUUGAGGGCAGUCCACUUCAAAUGUGCCGCCGCCAAUUUCCUCUUCAGGUGUGCUACGGCAUGACUGUGCACAAGAGUCAAGGACAAACGAUUUUUAAAGUUGGGCUUGAUCUUAGAUCCGAUUGCUUCACACACGGCCAGCUCUACGUUGCACUCAGUCGAACGCGUCGUUCUGAUGACGUUACUGUGCUUGGAGCUCCUGAUCGCUGCGUGGACAACAUCACGUAUGUCAGGAAUAUUGUUUAUCAGGAGCUCCUCGACAACACAUAA